CUUGUCUUCAUCACCAACUCUCCCUCACCGUCGCAUCGCGCCAGCAUGGACGAGGGCACCGAACUCGUCGAGGCAUACGACUACCUCUUCAAGUUCGUCAUUAUCGGCGAAUCCGGCACCGGCAAGAGCUGCCUUCUCUACCAAUGCAUCCAUGAAAUGUUCAAGGAGAACGCCGCACACACCAUCGGCGUCGAGUUCUCGAGCCGAACGAUCCGCAUAGGCGACCGGAGCGUCAAACUACAGCUUUGGGAUACCGCAGGUCAAGAACGCUUCCGCUCCGUCACGCGGUCAUACUAUCGCGGCGCGGCGGGCGCCAUCCUCGUGUAUGAUAUCACGAAGCGCAUGACGUUCGCCAACCUCGACCGCUGGCUGCAGGAUGCGCGCGCUCUCGCGAGCGAGCACCUCGUGCUCGUGCUCGUGGGGAAUAAACUGGAUCGCGACGACGACCGCGAGGUGGAGUAUGUGGAGGGCGAGCGGUGGGCGCAAGAGAAUGGCGUUCUCUUCGUCGAGACGUCAUCCUUGACAGGAGAGAAUGCGAGCACGCCCUUCCUGCUCGCGGCGCGCGCGAUUCUCGAGGGCAUCGACGCGGGCACGAUCGACCCGGACGUCGCAGGCAGCGGCGUGUCGUACGGCGAGCGCCAGCUGCGCGCAGUUUCGUCGAGUGGGCGGCUGAACGGCAUGCCUUGGCGGCGGCGGCGGCGAGACAGUAUCUCGAUCCGCGAGAUGGUCGGCAGCGGAUCGCGGUGUACCUGCUGAGUCGGCCGGCCGCAUAGCGGCUAUGGCGAUCCUUGCAUCUGACCUCAUCGCUACCAUGCCGUUUUACCUCAAUCCUCCAUUUCUAGAGCACCACUUUCCCCUUUGCUAUUGUACGACCACAUAAUGCAUGUAUGGCCUAUCCGGCGGGCCCGUACCGC